UGACAAGAGCACGCCACAGUGCUCGGAGCAGGCGACGGGACAGGACAGGACAGAGCGGUGCCGUGAGGAGUCCUCGCACAGCGCGCUCGUUCGUGUCUGACCCGGAGCUUUUCUGAGGCGUUAUUCCUGCAGGUGACCUCGUGGCAGGACUGUGGGACUUGGUGACCAGAAUAAUUUAUGAGGGGUCUCCUGUCAUUGUGGCAGGAGCCCUCAAGACCAGAGUGCAGGACUUGCUGUCCUGCAGCCUUCCUGAGGCUCCUCUGUCUCAGGUGCUUUAAAGGCACAACUGCAAUUGUUGACUUGCAUAUAUCCUGAAGCAUCUCUCUGGAAGGUGCCUUCAAGGCUAGCUGGUGGAAUGGCAGGCAGAUUUCUCAGCCUGUUCAAAGUGUUCAGGGGGGAAAAAAGAAAGGCCCUGGAGCUGCCCCAGCACAACAGCCUGAAGAGCCAGGCCAGAUCCAGACACUGCAGGAUGAUGCAGCCCUGGACCGGACACAAGAGCAGGAACCCGCCCGUGGCCGCUUCCGCAAAAGCCUGAAGAUGUUCCGGCAGUUCCUGCGCAUUCAGCGUAGAAAGACCGGCAGCACAGCAGCUGCGGGUGCAGCCGAGCCUGACUUGGGGCUGACCGAGCUCCAGGCAGAGCCUGAUGGCAGCCCAGAUUCAGCUGAGCGCUCAGAAGAAUCUGCCACCUCAGAGACUGAAACCUGGGCAAAGGCUCAUCUCAUGUCUAUGACUGAGGACGUGGCCAUCACAAACACCAAAACCAGAGAGACUCAGGGCCUUACAAAUACUGACACCAUGCCUGCUCCAACUAUGAUUCAUGCUCCCACUAUGGAUUUUUUCGAGGAGAGUGCUGUUCCUUCUCACCAGCAGGAGCAGGUGCCAGCCAAGGUGAAGAACAUCCACCAGAGUCUCAUGUCCCACGUCUCUGUGGAUGCCAGGCUGCAAACGGACAUUGUGAGGCUGGCAGAAGAACACCCUGCUGACGUGGUGCUGACCCUCCUGCGCUGUGCCCCAACGUGUGACAGAGCUGCUGCAAAGAUGUGGAGAGCCAUAGGCUCAUCGGGACCAGCACUGGAGAAAGCGCUGCCAACACUGCUCUGUGUGAUGGAGGACUGGCCUCUGCACACAAUGUGCACCUCCGAUGGGGACAACAAGGACCUUUUUGCCCUGGCUGCAACUCUGGUGAUCUGGCUGAUUGUGCCUGAGUGCAACAAGGCCAUGAUCCCUUAUUCUGGGCGACUGUUUGUGGCUCUGCUCUUCCAUGUUGUCAUCACCACACAGCAGAUGCCACCAGAGGAAGUUGAUAACUUCUGGAGUGCAUGCCAGGAGAAACACCGCCUUCCCAGCAAGCCCAACAGGUUUGCAGUGCAGGCCAUGAAGGAUCUGCUCUGCCGACUGCAGUGUGACCAUGUGGUGGUGGCUAUGGAGCGCAAGGGGUGCUGGGACAUGAUGCUGUGUGCUCACACCCAGCACUAUGCCGUGGGUCUGCUGGCCAGGGAGAUGCUCCGUGUUUUGAUCCCUUUGUGUUCUUGCAUCACACUCCACUUGCUCCGGCAGCUCAGCAGGGAGGAGCCGUGCUGGGAUCUGCCCUUCCUGGCAUUCCUUGUGGAGGUCCUCGAGCGCCUGAACUUGAGUAAAUAUGGUGGCAGCGUCAUGAAGAUCAUGUCAAGGUACCUCCAGAGUGAAUGCAGUCAGAGGCGUCGCCUGGCACUCAGAGGCCUCGUGGUGCCCAGCAAGGAUCUCUUGAUGGCCAGAAGAAUGUGCAGCGUGUCUCAAAGCCUUCUGGAGCUGCUGGGGGAUGAAGAUAGAGAGGUGGUCAGCAUGAGCCUCCAUGUGUUCACCAAUGUGCUCCAGCACAAAGACAUCCUGGUAUCCAGCACCACCGCCCCAAAGCUGGCUGAGGCACUCCUGCUGCUCUUUGACCACGACAACAGCCAUGUGCAGUUGCUCUCCAUUCAACUCUUCUGUAAGGUGAUGGACUUGGUAGUGGAUGAGGGAAAAAAGCCCCUGGAGACAAUUGUGAACAAGAGCCUGGACACACUUUUCAUCUACUGUCAUGAUGAGAACUGGCACGUGGCAAAGGCCUCUCGGGAAACGCUGCAUUGUGCAGCCAAGUUUCUGAAGAGGAGAAAGCUCAAGCAGCUGCUGGAGAAGGAGCAUCUGUGGAAGUUUGCUGAGGUCCUGCUGGCAGAGGACAGGAGCCGAGCGGCCGAGCACCUGCGCCGGGCCCGGCCCUACCUGCAGAGCCCACAGGAGCCCCUGCGAGAGGUGGCCGUCAGGUUCAUGGGGAUGGCCGAGCGGAGCUUGAGGGGGCAGCAGGGAAAGCUCCACGCCCUCAGUCAGGCCAUUCAAGCCCAGAGGAAAGGCACUAUAUCCCACUGGAGCAGGACUAUUCAUGCCCAGUUUACCAGCAGAGCUGAAGAAUUAAGUUCAUCUUCAGGAUCCAGUGAAUCAGUGUCCUAAGAACAGCACCAGAAGACACUGAGGAGGACACCAUCUCCCGCUGCCACUGGAGCUCCAGGCACAACUGAUGUUUGGCACAGCUGAGCCUGUAGGACGCUGGUGUGGCUUCAGCCCUCGCCCUGCCUGUAGAUAGCUCCCUCCCUCCAGCUCUCAGACCAUGUCCAUCCCCUUUUUUUCUCUUCCAGUUCAAACCUUUGUUUCCCCUUUCAUUAAUAAAUGGUUUGUCUUUUUCA